AUGGCGGUGGAAGACCAACAGCUGAUUGCCGAUGCUCAAAACGAGGAGCGCAGUGCAGGAGGCUGGCGACGGGCAUCCGGGCCCUUGGUGCUUGGACUUCUGGGGAGCAACCUGCUGCUUUUGUGCAUGGUUCUUUGGCUGGCCAUUACCGCAGGGGCUGGUUCACCGUCCGCGGAUGGUCCAACAGAUCAUGAUCUCAUGUUGCCCUUGCACUCCGAGUUCCGCCGGGAGCAACAGGAGCAACGGCACCUCUUCGACGUGAACUUGUUCGAUGAGCCGGAUGAGCCGUAUGAAGACUACCCCACUGAAAACGCCAUCGUGAAGACCACUUGUGUGAUCGAUGCAGUGCAAGCGGCAACCUAUUUGGGGAAGGCUGUGGAAAACGCCAUCGUGAAGACCACUUGUGUGAUCGAUGCAGUGCAAGCGGCAACCUAUUUGGGGAAGGCUGUGGUGAACAUCUACCGCGCGGAGAUUUGUCCUGAUGAUGAGCCUUUGGGCUGUACGGCUCCCGUGGCUCAUGCCAUCACUUCCAUUCUGUGGCUCACGGCCUUUCUAACCAGCGCCAGCUCCACCUGUGCAGCUACCAUCUCCCAGGGCGGCUCAUGUGCUGCAGCCAUUCUGAGGGAUUUGGCCACGGCAGGGUCCACGAUCUACGGCUUUGAUGAAGAUUGCUAUUUGACCAAGCCCAGGGAGACCAGCUGGCGUGUGUAUCAGCGGUGGUACCAGCAUUUGCUCCCAGAACCCGAGGAGCGGCGCCUGCGGAGCACCAGAGGCGCGCAGAACCUCACGGCCUACCGCGCCAAGUCUGCCGAGAUUGCCGCGAAGCUCCGAAAUCUGACGGCGCCCUCAGCCGGUGGCCGGGCCGUGUUGCCCAACGUGCUGUUUGAUGCCGAGAGCAAGGGACUUCCUCGCGAUUUGGUGAGCAAAGAGCAGAAGGUCAGAGCAGUGGAUGCCAAACAUAACUACAACACUGAGCCUGGGUGGUGCUUUGAAAGAUUUGAAAGAUUAUUUUGGCCGACUGUGUUGCUGGAGGUUGGCUUAUCACCAAUAGUCCUACCAUAUCCUGCCAUUAUGAGGCUGCAACGCCAUUUGCCACUCAAGUGGUUUAAAGGUGUAUGUAGUAUCUAA